AUGGCCUCUUCCCCUCCACGCCCUUCCCUUUCCCUUGACGAUGGAGAUCUCGGCACCGACGGAUCCCCACGCGGCCGCGAGGAUCGCUGGCGCGGAGGAAGGGAGUCCGAUUCUGACGGGUACCCGCGCUCGUACAAGGAGGCGCUCACCGGCGUGCAGGGCGGCCGAGCGACACGCCUGAGCCACCAAGUGCACGACGCUCGCGCCUUUCCUGGGCUCUGCCUGUUGUGUGCGGAGCUGGGCCACCGCGUCAAGGACUGCCUGACCGGCCCCGUGUGCCUCCGGUGCGGCGAGGUGGGUCACAUGGCGAGGGAGCAGCUGAUGUGCUCACUACUUCGACCUAGUACCCCCUCCGACUCCGGCGGUGACGAACCGGCGAGGAAACGUUCCGCCGGUAACUCUGCGAGGACUUCCCCUGUUCCCGAGCGUCAGCAGGUUCAGCGCAACGCGCGGCCGCGCCCCGACGCUACCACGCGCGCUCAGGCUCCUGAAGACCAGCCGGCUGCUCGCUCGCGCGAGCCCCAGGAGGUGAUGUGCGGCAGCGCACGCGCGCCCAGCCCGCUGCUCGCCGGGCGUUGA